AUGGUUCCUGUCGCCUUCCUAGCGGCUUGCCCCGAGCUUGACGGUGAGGCCGAGGAGCCCCCGGAGAUUCGCGUCCGUCCAAAGAGACGGCUUUCGGAGCGCGGCGGGGAUGGUCGGAAGGCCUGCAGACCCAGACUUCGGCAGUGGAAGCGCAGGAGCGAAGUGGAGCCUCCCGAGAAGGCUCUCAAGCAGGGAGUGGCGGCAGUGGAAGUGAUGGAUUUCUACGCCUUCAUGUGGCGGCGCGAGGGCUUGCGACGCCGACGUGAGCUGCUGCGGCUUCCGCCCGAGCAAUGGACUCAUGACACCGUCAUGGCGCGAAUUCGGCUGACGAACGUCAAGCGGGAGGAUGACCGCACAACGCGCGUGAUGCGGAAGAUUUGCAACCGAUAUGUCGCAGAGCACCCGGAGUUUAAAGUGCUGCGGAGGACUCCAAUGAGCUCUUGGGAUUUCAAUCUUCGCUUGUCGGCGCGGUGGCUGGUCUUCAACUUUGCGCUGUGGCGAGCCUUCGGCACCGACUCCUUUGCUAAGUCCGUAGGCUUUUUGACCAACAGGAGCUGGGGCAAGAUGCAGCAAGAUGCGGUCGUGGCAGCCGCCAUGCAGAGGUGGCAGAUGGGCCACUUCAAUUAUACCGAUGCCUAUGACCCCAGCCGCAGCAACCACUACGACGAGGUGAAAGCACGUCACCGUGGCGGAGCUGUCGAAGUUCGUCGCUUGUACAGCAGGACGUGCGCAAGUCUCACAGGUCUGUGGCAGGCUUGCGAUGAGAUCGUCGAAGUGGCGAUCACCACGAACUCCUGGAGGAGUGUGACCCAGUGUGUGAUGAAAGUCGCUGGCUAUGGCGGCACCGGCUUCCUGGCGAAGGAGUUGGUCCAGGACCUGCUCCAUACGCCUCUCUUCGAGUUCUGGAGCUCUCAUCAGUCCAGGUGGGUGAGCAGCUGCGUGGACCUGAACAGCUGGUGCGCUGUGGGCCCUGGAGCCCGCAGGGGCUUGAACCGCUUACAUGGUCGAAGGGUGAACUGGAACGCGUACUGCGACGACGACAGAGUUGCUCACCAGUUCCUCUGCGAGCUUCGACAGGUCUUCGCGGAGCGGGACAAGUACUGGCACGGCUCCCUGGAGGGCCGCCCCCUCUUCCAGCUGGAGCUCCAUGACGUUCAGUUCCAGCUGUGUGAGCUGGAUAAGUACGAGCGGGAGAAGAAGAAGCCUGGCCAGGUGCGGCCCUAUCGGCCGCGUUUCAACCAAGAAGCCGACCUUCCGGAAUUGUCGGAGCUUUUGGGUGUGCCAGAGACCGCACUGCCCGAGGUCGUAAAGAGCCCGGAGAAAAGUGGGCGUCGAACAUCGAAGCCCUCUUUUGGGGUGGACGAGAUGCCUCCAGAAGACACGCAGAGUGAAAAGAAGAUCAAUGCUGCCUUCGACUUUCUCUUCGCUGAACAAGAUCGCAAUGCAGCGAUUUCUGGGAAGAUGGGCGAUGCAGCGACUGGUGAGCCUGAAGUCGGGAGCAAAACUGACAAGGCCGUGAACGUCGUGCCACGGCCCUGA